CCAAUUUUCAGGUUCGUCAAGUAUUGCAUGCCAGAAAGUCGUCGUCGCUAGACAAGGAAAAAUGGCAGACGGAGAGCAUACGCUUCCAGCCGACGAGGAGCUCUUCGAGCAACCACCACCACAGCAACAACAACCAGAGAUCGCCGAGCCAAUUGUUAUGGCUCAAGAGCCCAUUCAAGGAGUCUCAGAGGAUCCACAAGCUUCUGAAGCGACACACGAGGCUCCAGACAAUUACCCAGUUGACCAUCAAAUGGAGAAUCAGGAAUUCUACCAAGAACCGCAAAUCCCCGAGCCGCAGCAGAUUCCUCAGAUUUCUGUCUUUCAACCGGCGGCCUACAAUCCAUCAAACUACGUUGCUCCACAGCAGAGAGCGAAUAAUUUCGGUGAACCAGCAGCAGCAGAUGCUCGUCCAUUGACAGAAGAAGAACAGUUGGCAGCCGAGGGACCGACUGCAGACACAGCUUGGAUCGAUUCUGAUGAUGAUACUGAUGUGGAAGAGGCGAUUUUGAGGGCAAACUUCUGGUUGCCGUAUAGUGAUCACAACUACGAUCCGCCGGAUCCCGCGGACCGAAUCAUUCUCCCGACAGAAGGCCCGUUCCCAUGUAUCGCCGGCCUGGACGAAGACUGCAACAUUGUCAAGCAAUGGAUGCCCGAAGACGCCGUCGGUCCCGGAUCUCCAGGAACACAGUACCGACGAAACCAGCAGACGGGCGGUGGUCUUCCAUCAACGUCAGUGGCUCCCCAGCAGCAACAGCUUCCCGUGCGCCAUAAUAUUCAAAAUCGGCCGAUGGUUGCUGCGCAGCCUUUCUCGAUCGGUGGAAAUCAAGUGGAGUAUGGUGGAAUUGGUGGAAUGGAUUCGAGAAUGCAGCAGAGAGGCGUCGUCCGAGAUGGUCCGCAAUAUCGCGUCAUGAACGAUUUUGGAAAUGGUCUACCAAUGCGCGGGCAACUUCCACGAAACUCGCCGGCCGCCAACGCCACAGCGGCUCGAGAAGAUGCUCCAGAAGCAUCGAUUCCUGCACCAGCACCAUCACCACCGGCUUCACGUCGAUCUGUGAGCCGAACAACUCAGCCGAGCACUUCAAGCUUUGCGACGCCUACGGAGCCUCCGGCGAAAAAUCAGAGAAAGCGACGCGUCGUUCCACCGAAAUCCGAGCCAGUUUUAUCGGCGAAACGUGUGCGAGCAACGGAGGCGAAGAAGAAGGCGGUGGAGAAGGUGAAGGAAAAGGAGAAGAAGGAGCAGAGGAAGCCCAACGAGUCUGGCCCAGCGCCGAAGUCUGAAAAGGCUGUGGAAAAGGCUGAAGAAAAAGUGGAAAAGAAGCCGAAAUCUCCGCAAAAGCCGCCUGCAAAGCCUACUGCUCAAAAGCCGCCGCUCAAAAAAACCGAAGAAGUUGAUGGAAUCGAGCGAGAAGCGUCUGAAUCAUCGUCGAAAAAGUCGUCGGUGGCGCCCGAGAAGAAGAAUCCGAAGAAGAUCGCGUUUGUCGAGUACAAUAGUCGUAGUUCACGGAAGCGUAAAGCUGGCGAGUGCUCGACACCACCCGCAGUGACUCGACGUGGAUUUAUUCCGAGUACGGAAGGCGAGGAUUUGGAGAAUGUUGAGCUCUCUGUCAUCCCACUCGACGAUCAUCUCUCAUCAUCCAACACGGCCCCCACCACGACAAUUGCUCCAUCCGUCGGUGGUGCUCCAAAACCCACAAGCGUCGUCGUCAAAUCUCCGAGCACACGUUCUCGAACUCGCGGAGCCGCUAGCCAAAGUGUCGACGAUGCUCCAGCUGAGCACAGUAUGUCGCUUCAGGGCCGUGUUCUUACAAUGUUCGGAUCGACAGUUGAUGCUCCACCACCACCACCACCAGCGAGUGCUGAAACAAACUCGAGACGAAGCCGUCGUUCAACCCGUUGGAAUUAGCAAGGAAUCUCUGAAAUUUAUUUUAAUUUUAAUUAAUUGUCCCAUAUCUCUUUCUAUCUCGAUUCGUGCCUUUUUUAAAAGAUCUCUAUUUAUCACCACUAAACUUUCAUUUCUUUUUUCUUUUUAUUCCCCCCCUCCACCGCAAUUUAUUGAAUUCGUAGUACAGUACCCCUCCUCCCCACAACGCCCACACACCGCCUACAGUAAUCCUUCACUUUUUCUUCUAGUUUUUUUUCUUCCCCCCCCCCCCCGGUAUCUCUAGCGUUACGCUUUUAUGAUAAUCGCACCAAGUGUUUCUUCUUUUUUUUUGUUGGGGAAUAAAAACUGAAUUCAAAA